AACAUUUUUAUCUAAUCAUUUAAAAGAGGAAGAACACAGUCAGAGUAUGGUUGUGAAGAUAUUUUUAUAAGAUUAGUUUUAAAAUGUCGCGGCAAUUAGGUGUGUUUUGGAUUUUUCUUUGGAUUUUGGCAGCUGGUGUUUCAGCUCAGAAUGACCUAUCAAUCGAAAAUUUCACGUGGCCUAAAGCAAAGGAAAGAGGCAAUAUGGCAACACCUACCAUAAAAGUGAACAAUACAACAUUGUUCUUAAAUAUAUCAUCAAACGUUGGUCUAAAUGAAAAUGAAGAAGCAUGGGUUGGAUAUUAUCAGAAGGAAACAGCGUUUUCGUACAUUGGAUGUGGACAUAUAAACAGUUCAGAUACAAACAUCCUGUUGCCUCAUUCGAGAAAAACACCUGGUCUUUGCUAUUCUUUGUGUGAUAAAUCUGAGAAAAAGUUCAUUGCGUUAAACAAAGACAAGUGUUUUUGCAUGAGCGAAAUACCGAGCAAGACUAUAUCACUAGCAAAAUGUGAUAUUUCACCUAAUGGAACUUGGAUGGCUGGUGGAGGUGAUGAUUAUAUGUCAAUAUACGAAAAGAUGAAUACAGAUAUAUAUGUAAAAAGCAGCGAUGACGAUGGUGGAAAGUGCUUUGUUUUUCAGAAUACUGGUAAAAAUCGAUGGUGGUUUGGAUGCGACAAAUAUUUCCAUUUAUUUUGCAAAAGUG